UCCUGCAUGGUGGACUAGCACAAUGUUGGGACAUUUAACGCUGAUACGGGGUUCAAAGCCGGUUACUUAAACGAGUUAGAAAAAAUGUUAGAAAAGGCUUUACCCAAUGCAGUGUUGAAGGCUAGACCUAAUAUCGAGUCAAGGAUUAGGUUACUAAAAAGGGAUUGGUCAAUAAUGUAUGACAUGCUUAAUGGCCAAAACAAUAGCGGUUUUGGUUGGGACGACCAUAGGCAGGUCGUUGUUGCUGAAGAUGCGGUUUGGGACUCUUAUUUAAAGAGUCAUAAAGAAGCCGGUCAGUUCAGACAUCGUAGUUUCCCUUACUACGACCAACUUACUGCCAUAUACGCAAAAGAUCGAGCGACUGGGAAAGACGCUCAAACAGCCGCUGACGUUCUUGAAGAAAUAAAUGCUUAGGAUGUACCUACUGCAAAUAUUAAUGAAGAAAGAAACGAAUACUAUGACUGCGAUGCUAAUGUCUCUUUGGAGGACAUGGAUGUUUCUGCUACGGAGCCGCAACCAGAUAGAAACCAAGGGGGUUCCUCCUAUUCAAAGAGGAAAAAAAUGAAUUCUGAUGCAAGUGGUCAUUUUUCUUCUUCAG